CACUGCGCGCCUCCGCUGCCGCUCCUCGGCUGAGUUGCUUCUCCGGUCCGACUUUCCCUUUCUCCCACCUUUUCCCGGCACCGCGGGAAAAGCAGUGCAGGGCGCAGCAGGCAAGGGAAGGCAGCCGGAGCCGGGGCACGGAAGCCUCCGAGUCAGUUCAAGACCCGACAUGAGGGAAAAGGGCCGUAGGAAGAAGGGCAGGACCUGGGCGGAGGCCGCCAAGACGGUCUUAGAAAAAUACCCUAAUACACCUAUGAGUCAUAAAGAAAUUCUUCAAGUUAUCCAGAGAGAAGGGUUAAAGGAAAUCAGAAGCGGGACUUCCCCUCUUGCAUGCCUAAAUGCGAUGCUGCACACAAACUCCCGAGGUGAAGAGGGAAUCUUCUAUAAAGUCCCAGGUAGAAUGGGAGUGUAUACUUUGAAGAAGGAUGUGCCAGAUGGAGUGAAAGAACUGUCAGAAGGUUCAGAAGAAAGCAGUGAUGGUCAGUCAGAUUCUCAGAGCUCUGAGAACAGCAGCAGCAGUGAUGGUGGCAGCAACAAAGAGGGGAGAAAGAGCAGGUGGAAGAGGAAAGUAUCAUCUAGACUGUCACAGCCAUCCUCUCCCCAGUCGGGCUGCCCAUCACCCACCAUUCCAGCAAGUAAAGUCAUUUCUCCAUCACAGAAGCACAGCAAGAAGGCAUUAAAGCAGGCCCUGAAGCAGCAACAACAGAAGAAGCAGCAGCAGCAGCAAUGCAGGUCAAGCAUGUCCAUCUCCAAUCAACACCUCUCUCUCAAGACUGUCAAAGCAGCCAGUGACUCUCUACCUGCCAAACCUGCCCUAUGGGAAGGAAAGCAAUCUGAUGGACAGUCAAGCAGUCCCCAGAACUCAAACUCCAGCUUUUCUCCCUCAGUGAAAGUGGACAGUUCUCUUCUAGGCUUGGGGAAGAAGUCUUUCCAGAGGUCUGACAGACUUCACACAAGACAAAUGAAAAGGACUAAAUGUGCUGACAUUGAUGUUGAGACCCCCGACUCCAUUCUGGUUAAUACUAAUCUUCGCGCACUAAUUAACAAGCACACCUUUUCACUUCUUCCUGGAGAUUGCCAGCAGCGCCUGCUUUUACUGCUUCCAGAGGUGGAUCGACAGGUUGGUCCAGAUGGGUUGAUGAAAUUAAAUGGCUCAGCCCUUAACAAUGAGUUCUUCACUUCUGCAGCUCAGGGCUGGAAGGAAAGACUCUCAGAAGGUGAAUUUACUCCUGAAAUGCAGGUGAGAAUUCGUCAAGAGAUUGAGAAGGAAAAGAAGGUGGAGCCAUGGAAGGAACAAUUCUUUGAAAGCUACUAUGGUCAGAGUUCUGGCUUAAGCCUUGAAGAUUCACAGAAACUGACAGCUUCCCCUAGUGAUUCCAAAGUAAAGAAAAUCCCUGCUGAGCAACCAAAAUCCAUAUUUCCUUCAGAGGCCUCUCCUGCCGGAAACUUCCCAGUAGUUCCCCCUUCAGAGUGUAAAGAAGAAGCAGUGCAAAUACCAUCACCAUUCAGAAAAGAAGUAGAAAACCAAGAGGAGGCACAGCCAAAUUCUGCAUCCCCAGAACCCAUCCUUGCGUCAGUCAGCAAUACAAAUGAGCUUAUCACCAUGAUGUCCGUCAAGUGCCCUAAACAUGAGGGACUCUUAGAGCAGAAGCAUGUUGUCUGUGCUGAACAAGAGUCUGAGAAAGAAAAUCAAGCCACCACAACUUCUAAUUAUAACAAAAGCGAGAACCAAGAAGCUACAUCCCCAAGCAAAUCUAAAACUUCUGGGUUAGAAAAGCCUAUAACAAAGCCUGUGGCAGAAGCUGGUCCACUGGACACAGAUGUAAAGAUAUCUCCAAAGUCUCUUGCUGAUCAGAUCUCAGAAAGUCUGAAAAGGAAAUCUUCUCUUACCCAAGAAGAGGCUGCUAGCAGCUGGGAGAAAAGACCACGUAUCACUGAAAACCACCAUCACCAGCAGCCAUUUCAGGUCUCGCCACAGCCCUUUCUUAAUAGAGGGGACAGGGUACAGGUGCGAAAAGUACCACCUCUCAAGAUCCCGGUCUCCAGAAUCUCCCCGAUGCUGUUUUCUACAUCGCAGGUCUCUCCCAGGGCUCGUUUUCCAAUCUCCAUCACUAGUCCUUACAGAACAGGAGCCAGAACUCUUGCAGACAUCAAAGCAAAAGCCCAGUUGGUCAAAGCACAGAGGGCAGCAGCCGCAGCAGCCGCUGCAGCUGCUGCAGCCGCCUCAGUUGGAGGGACCAUUCCAGGACCUGGCCCUGGGGGUGGACACAGUCCAAGAGAGGGUGGCGAAAGGAAAACUGGUGCAGGAGGGAGUCCAGGCUCAGACAGAGUCAGCGCAACUGGAAAGGGUCCCACACUGGAGCUGGCAGGAACUGGAAGCAGGGGAGGUAUGCGAGAGCUUUUACCCUGUGGUCCCCAGCCUGAGACCCAUGCACCAGGCCAGUCCCAGCCUCCUGGUGUCUCUGGAGCACAAUUACAGCAAACCUCCUCAGUGCCUACAGCACACACCAUCAGUGGAGCAUGCACAAGCCUCCCAUUACCAGCCCACAUAGAGAAACUAAACAGUGGGAAACUGAACCCCCACCAGGCAACAGCCACAGCAGCCUCUCCUUGCCACUCACAAGACCUGAGUAGUUACAGACAGGAAAAAGCUCCUUCUCCAGAAGGGCCUGCUCUCAUCUCAACGGCUUCACCUGUUUGUUUUGUAGCUGAUGGCACAGUUGAACACAAAGCAGGUUCUAAUAAGAAUGCACCAAAGCCUUCAGCCUCAGCAAAGGUAGCUGCUUCUGCUCGACUGGAUACAACAUCCUUAUUGACAACAGCCAGUUUAGAAAAACUCUCUGUACCCCCAGUCAGUGGAACUGCAGCAUCUACUGGAUCAGCUUCAUCCUCAAGCACCUUGCCAGCAGCUUCUAGCCUUAAAUCCCCAGGAACUUCUGCAAAUAUGAACGGACCCAUUUCAAGACCAAGUUCUAGUAUCCCUGCUAAUAACCCUUUAGUUACUCAGCUGCUCCAGGGCAAAGAUGUUCCCAUGGAGCAAAUUCUGCCUAAACCUCUCACCAAAAUUGAAAUGAAAACAGUCCCACUGACUACGAAAGAGGAGAAGGGGGUAGGAGCAUUCCCUGGUUCCAGUGUGAUGGAAGGCAGCACCAGAGAGGAAGUUAAUGGCAGGCAGGCCUAUCUGGCUCUCCAGCAGCUAGGGAAACCCUUGCAGAGUAAGCAGCUUCCCCAGGUCCCAAGGCCAGUCUUCGAAGCUAAGGACUCUUGCAGUGACACUCACCCGUACCCAGAAGGACUAAGUAAAACAACUCAAGAUCAGCUUUUUCAGACUCUCAUCCAGAGGACUCAGAGACAGAGCGUUCUCUCAUUUGUGCCGCCCUCUCAGUUCAACUUUGCUCACUCAGGUUUCCAAUUGGAAGACAUAUCCACAAGGCAGAAAUUUAUGCUUGGCUUUGCUGGCAGGAGGACAUCCAAGCCUGCAAUGGCAGGUCACUAUUUACUUAAUAUUUCCACCUAUGGCCGGGUGUCAGAGAGUGUUAGGAGGACCCAUUCUGUAAAUCCUGAGGAACCAUUUUGUCUAAGUAGCCCCACUGAAAACUUGAGAAUGGGCUAUGCAGAUUGUAAAAACACAACUGGAGACAGCAGCAGCAGCAGCAAAGACGAUGAAACUGAUGAAGAGAGUGUGGGAGAUGAGAAAGAGCCUGUGUCAGUGAAGGAGGAGCCCUGGGCUUCUCAGAGUUCUGGCAAGCAUCUCCACAGUGGGGAAACUCCAUCCACCAUUGAUUGUUUAGCUAGCAAGAAUGGUAAGGCUGAGGCACCGAUGAGUGAGCAAACCACUGCAGGCAAGGAGAAUUGCAUAUUCUCUAGAGGCCAAACAUUGGAUGAAAAGACCCUACCCAGAGAUUUUAUUCAGGCAGCACAUAAACAAAUGGCUCACGGUGUGAGAGGUAAGACAGUAUGUAGCAGCCCCGAAAUUUUCAAUUCUACUGCUCUUUCUCUCCCUGCAGACAGUCCCACACACCAGCCUCUACUCCUUCCACCACUGCAAACCCCCAAAUUGUAUGGAAGCCCCACACAGAUAGGGCCAAGCUAUAGAGGCAUGAUCAAUGUCUCAGCCUCAUCAGACAUGGACCAUAGCUCUGCUCCACCAGGUAGUCAGGUAUCUAGCAAUGUUGGGGAUGUUAUGUCAUUUUCAGUGACUGUCACGACCAUCCCUGCUAGCCAAGCUAUGAAUCCCAGCAGCCACGGCCAGACACUUCCUGUUCAGGCCUUUCCUGAUGAGAACAGCAUUGAGGACGCGCCUUCGAAAUGUUACUGCCGGUUGAAAGCCAUGAUCAUGUGCAAGGGAUGUGGAGCUUUCUGUCAUGAUGAUUGUAUUGGGCCCUCCAAACUGUGUGUCUCCUGCCUCGUCGUCCGAUAAUAAGACUACAGCAAAUGUAAAGGAGGGAAGGGGAGGCUUAACAAGACGUAUUCUUGCACCCUUUUGAAAUCACAGAAAUAAAGUUUGAGUUGUCUCAAGAGACAUUAAUCAGGAAUGCAGAAUACAGGUCUUCAGGUUGACAGGAAGCGCACCUUGUAUAGUAAGUGUGAGUCGAGGAGGACUAUGAAUCGGUGACAAGUUUGCACUUAAAAAAUCAUGUAAAUAUGUCACAUUUUGUUUUAACAUUGUUUUCCAAGAGUUUAGGUAAUGAUGUGUUAACUUCACAUUCAGAUUUAUGUUCUAUUUCUUUUGACUCUGAAAAUAGUUGAGUGGUAUGCAUGGUGAAAGGAAACUCUCUGCCUCUGACCUUUCCUAGGGUGGGGAAAGGGAGAAUGGUCAGGAAGUGACCAUCAUGCUGAUUAUGUCUUCACAGCUGGCUGCAGGUUCUCCACAGAUAACAUGCCUUUGUGGGAUUUAGAUUUGGGGUUUACUCAUCCCUUUACUUUAGGUGGAACCAUUUCAAGUGGGGUUUUUAAAAGGUAUUCACAUCCCAGUGUUUUUGAUCCUGACAGUCCAGACUUAGCUUUUGCCUUCCAUGAAUCAGUACUGUUGUCCGUGAAUGUUAUUUAAGAAGGGUCCGCCUCCAAGGGACUCCUCUAUUAGCCUAAUCUGUGCAUGGCAUUAGUUCCAGCAAUAAUACAUCCUGAUACUGCAUCAUUCAUGGGCUCCCACAAACAGGUCUGAAAUAAAACGCACACAAGCAUUAGUGAUUGGGGUGUGUGUGUGUGAGAACUGUGUGUCUUGUUGGCAAAGGAUGAAACUGAAGAAACGUAACCGAAACUCAGGACUUUGGAAGAGUGAUUUUAACACUGGACACAAAAUAUUUUCCUUUCCUAUUCUAUCUCAAACAAUUCCAGGUAGAAACGCCCUUUGGUGGUAACCUCUUUUCUGCUUUGGCAUCCCAGGCAUGAGAUGACGAUGCAGUGAUCUUUGCCAUCCUACCACACCACAUGUUUGCACUCAUACAGAGCAAGAAGACAGUUUGCUGUUUCUGCUAGUCUAGAAUUUCUGCUGUCUGGACAGCAAGGAUGCCUGAAGUGAAAGGGCGUUAUGAGUGACUGAUCAAAUGCCUGGCUGUGAAAUUUCAGGUUUUUUUUUUUCUUUUUGAUUAUUAUUUUUAAAAUCCUUUUCCCAGCACCCUGGAUUCAGGGGCAUACUGAUCUCUGAGUUCAGUGCCAAUCUGGUCUUCAUAAUGAGUUUCAGGACAGGAUAUAAAGAAACCCUGUCUCCAAAAUAUAAAUGAAUAAAUAAAGCAAAUCUGUUUUUAAAAAGAACAAAACAAAAAUAAAACUCUUCUAGUCGGUGGACGUGGAGAUACACACUUCAAAUCUCAGUGCUUGGGAGUCAGAGUCAGAUGGGUCUCAGUUAACAGCCAGUGUGCUCGAAAGCAAGUUCAUGGCACACAAACACUCUCUAAAAAAAAUAAAAGAACUAGUGACAAACUUUAAGCAAAUACUACUUAAAUCACUGUUUAAGACAAACAUCAGUUUAUCCGAUAUUCUAAUAUCAAAUAGUCUGUAUUGAUUGAUUCCAAGUCUCUUAAUGUGAAGUGUGUGAUACUGUAAUAUUGCAACCCCGUAUAGUUUCAAAAGCUAUAAAACUCAGGACAAUUUAACUGUUAAUACAUCACAGGAAGGAGACAGGAAUGAGUCUUGCCUGCCAUGUGGUGCUCACCCCUGGCCAUCACACACAUGUGCUUCCUCAGUCUUUGCUCUAAACUCUGUGAAACUUACUUUUUCUGCUCUCGUGGCCCUAAACAGUUACAGGCUCACAUCCUGUGUUCCAGAACCAGGCAAGACAGUAUGAUGUCUUUCCAUCUUCCCUUCAUUCCAGUAAAUGCACAGCUAGUGGGAAAGAGAGGCUGCAGGGAUUCAGGGUUAAGAAGUGCAUAUGUUGUGAAGGACGAGUAGGAAACAGAAGUCAGGGUUCUGGUCCCAGACCGUCAGGACCAUCGGUGUUCCCCAUGGGACCUUUAAAGACCCUUACCUGAGUAGUCUUGUCUUAUUCUGGAAGAGGGUGAGUGAUUCAGAAUGGACCUCAUGCUGACAGUCAGGGGCGAGUUUGUAUUGGUAAAAUUUUUUCUACUUUCUACCUUGCUUACUAGGAAGAUUUUGUUCCCUGGUUUCCUUAAUCUGGGACUGGGUGGGCAGGAGCGAGGCAUUAGAGACUGUCAGGUCCAUUUAAAGACCACAUUGUUCCUCUCACCUCAACCCAAACUCCAGCUGUGUAAGGCCCAAGUCUUGCUCUUCACCUGACUCCACUAAGUGACACCCUGCUAAUUUCCCUCCUACUAUUCCAAAAACAGAACUUGCCAGCUAGGUACACUGCCUCAGACUUGACAAGAAUGAAUUUUUUCUUAUAUUGAAAAUAUAUUAAAUAUUAAUCUAUUUAAAUGGUUUGUUUUAAAACAUGGUUUCGGAUGGAAGAGGAACACUCAUAAAUGAACAGGAAAACAAAUAGUUGAGUCUGGCCCUUUAAGUUGAAUUUGGUACUCCAGUACAUGUUAACACAUUAUUAAUUGUAACUUUUUGCUGUUUUUUUUUUAACCUUUCAGUUAACAUGAAAUGGUUCAGUGUUUAGUUUCUUAUUUGGGCAAUUUCCAGUGAGGUUUUAAAUAUCACACUUGAUACACAUACCAGUAUGCCCUCUCCAGCCUUAAAUCACUUCUGCAAGUCACCUCUGGGAGAGUAUUCACGAUGCAUCUUCUCAGGGUAAUUUAUAAGUGUUCUGAGUUACCUAAGAUGAACACUCCCUGAAUCAUAAAGGAUUUUUUUUUAAAUAAUCAGAAUUCUUUAUCCCAUUAAUUUAAGGGGAGCACAAAUAACACGGAGUUGUUUGUCCUGCUUCAGUUACUCAACCCCUGUGCUCAAGACACUGAAGCUGCCUCCAGUGUUCUCUGUGGCAUUUCUUAAGAGCGAGAGCUGGCAAAUGCAGCUUUUUUUGGAGUGGGAAGGCUGCAUUUCCCUGGGUAUAGAGAUGUGGGUAUUUGGGAGAGUAUCUCAAAUGUGGAUUAACAGCCAAAGGAAGACCUCACUGCCUUCCAGGUGAAGGCUCGCUGUCCCACAUGGAGCAGGCCUAUCAGUUACCGUUCUGUUUGCUCCAUACUGCUCUCCUCCACGGUAGAAAACCUUCAUGAGCUCUUUGGUUAAAGGGUUUGUUAGAGUGAGGCAUUCACCGUGGUCACAUUUGUUUAGAGCUCAUUGCUGACGAGCACUGCCCGUUGUUUUCUCUGGUGUCACAGAGCAAGAAGGAAGCUUCCCGUUGCAUUACAGCAAUGUGUACUAAGUGGAGAACUUGGCCAUGGAUAGUUUGCAGCUCAACAUAUAGAACAGUCCAAAGAGACUUUGCGAAACAUGAUGACAGGCAGGGACCUUUUCCUAUGUGUUUCAAUACCUACAAACCUAUUGAACAAGACAGUAGGUAGACAUUUCCUAAAGUUGAAGCAAGAGCUUCAUAGAGUCUUGGUUACUUUAUUUUUUUUAAUGCUUUACAUUUGAUACAACUAUUAAAGAUCAAUUUUAAGAUAACUUUCCAGUAAUAUAUUUUAAGUAAUAUAUAUUUUAAUAUCUAUGUAAAAAGUGACAGUGGAAGACUGAAUUUCUCAUAUAUGGUAUGUUUAAUGUAGGAUCUCAUUGCUAAGGCACAAAUUAUUUCAAAAGAGUUACUCUAAAACUACUCAGAUUAUUUCCCCCCCCCAAAAAAAAAAGGAAAGAAAAGGAAAAAUGCAAUAAGGGGAAUGAUUUGGGGGCUUUAUUUUUUAUUUUAAAAGAAAAUUGACUUAUUUACCACAAGCUAUUUUUCCCUCGCUGGUGAUAAGGUUUGUACAGACUGGUUUGGUAAAUGCUCAAUUUUUGUGUCUUUUGCCUUUUUAAAGGAAUUGUUAACAUUGGAAUUGAGGGUAUGUACAGAGAAGUUGGUGUCAACGCCAUUUAAUAAGUCAUAUUUUUUCACAAAUAAGGAAAAAUCAUUUUAAUAAGAAUUUUAAGUAUUUGCAAUAAAUAUGUGUAUAUAGAUUGUAUGUAUUCAUAUAUUAUUUUUCAUUUUAUUAUUAAGUAAAAGAUAAUUAAAAGUGAAAU